AUGGGUGUUGGAUUGGUGGCAGCUGGGCAGAAGACAGGAAUUCCUGGAGGCAUUGACGAUGGAAAUGUCACUGAUCUUGAAAGUGAUCCACUUGUUGUUGUCAUCUGCCUGCUGGCCAGCGAGCCGGCGGGCGCCAAAAACGACAGCGGCUCUGCCCUGGACGCCGCCGUGGUGGAGCCCAUCGUGACGCUCCUCGAGCCUGGUUUGAAUACCACCACUCCAGUGCCCAAGCAAGUAGAGUUUGGACCAUGCACAGUUACAUGUGGGAUUGGCAUUCGAGAAACUUUAUUAACCAAUGGUUGCCCUGGGAGUGAAACAAAAUGUAUUGUUCGUGUAGAAGAAUGCAGAGGACCAACAGAUUGUGGAUGGGGUAAACCCAUUUCUGAAAGCCUGGUUAGCGUGAAGAUACCUUGUAUUUUUGUACCUCCUGAAAAUCGAUUUACUUAUGUUUGGAAAAUGUUAGUUCCAGACCAGCAAGCACUUAUUCUCCCGAAUGAUUCGGCUAUUCUGGAGGUACACAGAGAUACCCAUCCAGUUGCUUUCCAGUGUGACACAAAAGAAAAUGAUGACCUAAUUGCCUCUGUAAAAUAUACAGUAUAUACCACAGCAGAAUUGGAAACAAGAAGAUCAAAGAGACCAGGAGCUGAUGUAGUUCUGGUGUUUGUUCUGAUCACGGGAGUUAUUGUUUGUGUUGGCGUGAUCUUCGCAUUAAUUUUCAUAAUUCUUCACUGGGAAUCUGUAAAAGCCUUCUGGAAAUCAAAAAUUGCAAGGAGCUCCAAAGAAGAGCCAUCAGGUUCUAAAGGGUCACUGAGAGCCAUAGAGGAAGAAAGAGGAUCAGCAUUGGUAUUAGGAUCAGGAUCAGCAUUAGCAUCAGGAUCAAUGUCAGCAGCAGCACCAGCACUGACUCCAACACCAGAAGCAUCACAGCAUUCACACGUAGAAAAUAACAUGCAAGAACAAAGGUCUUUUCAUGAGUGGAACAAUGAAGAAGAGAAUUAGAAAGAAAAAUAAGACUAAAAAUGUUUGAAAAGAGAUUAAAAGAU